CCAUUUUCCUUUUCCAAAACCCAAGACAGACCAAGCAAGGAAAAUAAAGUUGUUUUUCCUUGUGUCGAGUCCAGCCACAUCCGCCGGCGGCGAUGUCUCCGUCCGCCGACGCCGCAGCGCCGGUCUCCACCUCGGCGCCCCCGCUCGCGCCCCUCAUCGCCGCGCAGCUCAGCUACCUACUCUCGCACUCCAAGCUUCCCAUCAGGGUGGGACAGAUCUGGUCCGGCUGCCGCAACGGCCGCCACUCCGAUCGAUUCACGCUCUCCAUCCCCUUCUGCCUCGACUACGUCCACUGGGAUUUCGUGUACAAUGCGCUGUCUCCCAAGGUGGCGCCCGACGUGGUGUUCGGGCCGGACGACGAGGGGUUCCAGCCGCUAGUGGAUUAUGCCGAGGCUGGAAAUGACGCGAGCUGCUUGGCACGUUGGGAUUACCGCGAUCCCAGGGGACUCGUUGCUCUCGUACACGAGCUCCGGGAAUUAUACAUUGAAUACCACAAGAAGCAGGUUGCCAAGGUGGAUGAUGCAAGGGUGACGUUUGAAUUAAGCACAGUUCUCUCUAAGGAGGGGAUUGAAGUUUGCAUGGUACCUUCUGCUGAUAGGCCAGAUGAGGUGAAAUUUGCUGUACCACUUCUGGACGUCGACUUUGACUUUAACAAACUGGUGCCAGGAUGUCCUUGGAGAUUACCUCAAAAGAUCCAUCUACAGGUCAUUUUUCCAAUCAGUAGAAGUUCAAGUUACUCCUCUGUUCCUUCUGCUCCACGACUCAAACUAACCUCAACAUCAGAUUUGAAAUCACUUUUCUCAGUUGAGGAUGUGAAACUCCCUCCAUGGUCAAAUGGGAUGUGUUUGGCGGAGUAUCUUCCUGCCUUAGAAGAAAGUCUUAACCUGCUGGUUGUUGAGGCAUCAGCUUCAAUUGGUGCCAGAAGACGUUUUAUCGAGGCACUGGCUCCUACCUUUGGGAGACCAAUAGAGGCUGAUCCGAUCUUUUGCAGGAGGGCUACAGUGCUUUCCAUUUCAGGAGUUUUCACAUUUCUGGUACACUUUGCCAUCCCCCUUCAGUUCCCAAAGCAACAACCUGUCCUCACAUUGCAGAGUUCUCAGCACUGUAAUGCCGAUGGGAUACCUAUUACUUCACCCCCAAUAAAUGAUUAUCCCUGGAGUCCUAGAUGGGAUCAGGCAGAAAUGGUUGAACGGAUCUAUGACUUCCUGACCGAUGAGUGCCAAAAUUUCAAGAAGUUCUGCAGCGACACUGUCACUCAGCAGAAGUAGCUGUCGUCACUCAGCAGCAGAAGCAUUCGUGGUCAUUUUCUCAAGAACAAGCUUCCUUGCGCUUAGCAACCUGAACCCGCGUCUACUUGUGCACUGCAGCAGUCGAUUGACCUUCGGUGCUGCGAUGCUAUUCACUGCUUUGUCAGAAUAUUCUUGUCAUGUGAUGCGGGAAGUUGGAGGGGGCGAUCUUAGGCGGUAGAACCCCAUAGGAGCGCUUCUGUUCGGCAAGCAUGAUGUGUGCACACUUGAGCAAAGCGUGACAGCGCUGUUGCUGAUUCCAGUUCCCCACCGUUAAGCUGUUGCCCUGGUCAUUGUUUGGGAUGAAUGCAAUCCAGUCCUUGGGGCAUUGUAAAUAUGGAUAGAAUGAGAUCUCUACAUCCAUUGCGGUCUCCCUUGUAAAAUAUGCUGCCAAACAUUUUCUCCGGGUGGUGUUAGGAGAUUGUAUUGCUUUCCUCAUAACCAUCCGCAUACCUGAUAAUUGAUGCAGACUUGUGUAUAAUA